AUGCAAUCAAGAGCCAGUAUAAAAGGAUUGUAGACCGAGUCAGAGACGAUCCCAUCCUCAAUGGUCUCUCCAUUCCUCUGCCUAAUCUGAAUGCCAAGUCCAUCUCUACAUUCAUGGCACGGGAAGAGAAGAAGGCUAACUACAGGGCAACAGUAAUGCCAAAGGUGAAACCUCACCAAAGAGUGCUGUCAGAAGAACCAAUGCCAGCAGCUCCUACUCUGCCAGAAUCCCUUCCAACUCCAGAUCGACCUCAGGUUCAGUACCAGAGCCUACGUCAUGUAGAUGGGAAAAGGCAUGGUCAGAAGGGGAAGUUGUUCAGUUUUUCAUUUCACAAGUUAGAUGUGGAAAUGCUUGUGAACCGGCCCAUUCGACCUAAAACCCCUGUGGCCACGUACAUCCCACCCAGAGCGUCAGCAGCACCUGUCCUGGUAGUGGUUCCUGCACAGCCACAGGGACCAUCCAUGAUGCUCUGUGGGGCAUCCAGCAGUCAAGGGUUCAUACCUUUCGCACCACCUCCUGCGCUGACAUCCAGAUUAAUCAAGCCUCAUAAAUCCAUGAAGCCUUGUGGGGCCUGCCAAGUACCCCAGUGUGGUGGGCAGCGUAAGAGGUACACGCCCUCCAAAGACAAGGCUGCUGAAAGUAGCCAAAAAAUAUUUACCUAUUGCCCAGCAACUAGGAAGUCCACCACUUCAGGUUUUGAAGGUGUUGUGUUCAACAGUUUUGAACACUUCAAAAGUGUAGUAGAUGAGGAACUAAAAAAUAAAAAAAUUACAACUACGUACAUCUGCAACUACAUAUCCCAAAUCACAAUAGCAGAUUUCUGGGGUAUGGUUUGGACUUGGUUCAGACCUGGAUUAGACCUAGUUUAGAUUUUGCCCUAAUUUGGUCCUGGUUAAGACAUGGUGUGGGUUACAGACAUUUACAUGUCCUCAACAUUAUUUACACUUUGUGGGUUACAAUGUACAAUGUUUAAUUUGCCAUGUUAUUUAUAUUCUCAUUAUAAGGCUAAAAUAUAGUAAGUCAUAUUUGCUACUAUAUCUAGCUCUUAUACCAAUUCACCGAUUCAUUAUACACCAUCUAUAAAACACAUACCUAUUUUCUCAUAGAAAAAAGAUGUGUUUUUAGUGAAUGUAAAUAUCUGCUUAACAUCGCAAACUAUUGUACUGCAUUAUCUCAUCCCUUUGUAUAUAUUGUAAAUUGCUCAGUGUGUACAUGUAUAAAUCUUGUAAUAAGAAUCCUGUAAAUAAUAACUUAUUAGUAACUAUUUUGCUAUAUUUUCUGCUAAAUUACUUAAUAAUUAAUGUUAAUUCUAUUCUGUUUACCUUGUUACCUGUGUUAUUAUUAUUGUGUUG